AUGAAGCCGUUGCUCGCUAGACAGGGAGCAAGAACCUUGUUCAAUAACAUCAGCCGUCGAACCGUGCUUUCAUGCUCCGAUUCAAUGAUUUUGAUGAAAGAAGGACUCCUGUCAUCAGCGUCCAGAAUAGAACAAUUACCACUCCCUAUUCAUCGUUCCUCCUUGUUCAGGACACAACAACAACGCCAUUUCAGAACAUCGCUCGCACCAGGCAAUUCAAAGAACACAGACAAGAAGGCUCUUAAUACCAAUGAUGAUGAUAGUUUAUAUCUGGAAGAAAAUAAUGUCAAGGGUUGCAUUGUUGAGUUUUAUGACAAAUCUACAGAAUCCGUGCGACUGGGAUUGCUCGAUGAAAAAGAAUUUGUUAUUCAUCAGGAGGAUUUUACAACAAUUAAAUUAUCGGAAAAGCUGAAACACAAGGAUGUUGUCAUUAUUGAAAAGUGGACAAAUGUUCUCAUCACAUUUAAUGAUUUAAAAGAAGUCAAAGAAAAGGCUAACUCCACAGUGUUAGAUCAGAAUUAUUACGUUGAUUUUGAACUUCGGUUAGAAAAUUUAUUAAUUGAGGCUUAUACUUCAGGAAGAAGAUUUACAUCAUCAUCUCUUGCAGGAGAAUUAUUCGAUUCAGAGGUUCCUUCUUUAGUUACUCGUUAUAUUGCUUUUUAUUUGUUCGAGUAUUCUGGAUGCUUUAAAUUUGAUACAAGAACCAACAAGUAUAUGGUCAUUGAAACCGAUGCCAGCCAAAUGAGAAUCAAAGAUUUUGUGAAGAGAGCUCAGAGAAGAAUACAUGAGGUCAAUGAAUUCAAACUGAAGAAACAAUUCGUGGAUCAAGCAAUCUUUGCUAAUUACACUAGUUUAAAUCUCCAUCUUCCAACCAAGUGGGAUCCAAUUAUUGACGUUCCAAUUUUGAGAAAGAUUGAAUUUUUCAUGCUUUCUAACAAUGAGAAUGAAAAGAAUAGAGGUCUCAUUAAUACAAUUUUAGAAACAUUUGGUUAUCCAAAAACAAGAAAAGGUGCUGCUUUGUUUCUCCAUGCUGUAGGACAUUUGCAGCUUGAAACAUCAGCUUCAUUUCUCACUGAAGAAGGUCCAUCCUAUGAAUCCAUAGACAUUUGCUCACGAAGAAUGAAAGAAAUAUUUCCUUCGUUUUUCAAACCCUUUUCCAAAGAGUCGGAAAGACUUUCACAAUUUCUUUUUGACAAGAGUAGUUCAAUCAUUGAGAAGGAAAAGCUCAACCCCGUUCGAAGAGAUUUACGUCAUUUGAAAGCUAUUGCCAUUGACGACAUUACUACUCAAGCCUAUGAUGAUGCUAUUUCUGUUGAACCAACCCCUACUGGAUUUAAACUCUAUGUUCAUGUUUGUGAUAUUUCUUCCUUUAUUACCAAGAAUAGUCCAUUAGAGGUUGAAGCCAGAUCCAAGAUGAAAACUCUUUAUGGAAAGAAUAGACUACGACUUAUGCUUCAUCCGAAUGCCAUUCGAUCUGCUACCCUCAAUCCAGACCGAGAAAACUUGGCAUUGACUUUGGAAAUAAUAUUUUCUAAAAAUGGAUCAGAUUUCAAGUUAGAUCGAUAUGAAUUUUAUAGAAGUACACUUGGAAAUAUUGAACUCUAUACCUAUAAUAUGGUAGAUAAUAUUUAUGGGCAAUACAUCAAAAAAAAAUUAGCAAAAAACAAAAAGAAUAUGGAACAAUCCACAAGAAUGUUAACUGAUGUUUACGAUGUUGCUGUGGAUAUCGAUAAGGUGAUUGAAAUACCUAGACCUUCAAUAACAUCUCCCUCAAGAGACGUUGUAACAAUAAUCAUGACUAUUGCAAACAGUAUUUUGGAAGCCCAUAUCAAACGUAAUAAUUUGCAACAUUUAUUCCCAUCUACAACAUCCUAUAUUAGAUUUACAUCUCCUCUAAGAAGAUAUGCAGACCUUGCUACUCAUUUACAAUUUGUUGCUCUUCUUGAACAUCAACAGACAAAAGAUAUUGAUGAAUCUAAACUUGUAUAUACUGAAAAAGAAAUCAAACAAAUUAAUUCAGAAAUUCAAACAUUUGAAAAAGAUUUAGCAGAGACUGAAAUGAUUAUUGAAAGACAAAAAAGAGAGGUGGCACGAAAGGACAACCUUCAAAAAGAAUCCAAUCAACGACAAACGUCUCAAUCUGCUGGUCGUGUUGUUGGUCAAGUUGUGAAAAAACGAAAGGGUAUGAGCAAUGUGUAUAUCCAAGCACUUGAUAAGACAGUUCCAGUUCAUUUGGUUGAAUAUGAUGAAGUGAAAAUGAUAGAAUUGGUAUUGAAUGUAUUACCAGAGUCAGAAACUGCUUCCUUUGAGCUACUUGGAUGGCCUUCCACAAUUAAAAAGAUGAGAGAGAAUAGAGUUCCAAAUGACAUUAAGGAAGGGUCAAAAGUUGUUCUCAAUGUUAAGAGUAUUGAUUACAAUGAGGUGGAUGGUACCAUGAAACAUGUGAUUGUAGAACAUUGUUUUGAAGAAAAGGUUGAUAAUUACUCGGUAUAA